AAAAAUAGCAAACCAUAAAAAAAGCACCAGGCCACAACAAAAAGGAAAGUAAAAAAAAAGGAUAAUAAAGCAAACAAAUCGCCAAAUAUAUAAACAAAAAACUAACCCAACAAUCGACGAAAAAACAAAUUCCGUUUUUUCGUUAAUUUCCUCCCAACGCUGAUCCGAUCACAAUUGCCGACAUGUCUUGUUCUUCAUCAUCGGGCUCGGAGGAAGAUGACGAGGGAAUCGACUCUUACAGGAAAGGAGGAUAUCAUGCCGUCCGGAUCGGCGAUCCAUUCGCCGCUGGUCGUUACAUCGCUCAGAGGAAGCUGGGUUGGGGUCAGUUCUCCACUGUUUGGCUCGCUUACGAUACCCAAUCCUCUAAAUAUGUUGCUCUAAAGAUCCAGAAAAGCGCACAACAAUUUGCACAAGCUGCACUUCAUGAAAUUGAUGUCCUUUCAUCUAUUGCUGACGGAGACCCCUCAAACUCGAAGUGUGUGGUGCACCUGAUUGACCACUUUAAGCACAGUGGUCCAAAUGGCCAACAUCUAUGCAUGGUCCUCGAAUUCCUCGGUGAUAGCUUACUUCAAUUAAUCAGGUUUAACCGUUACAAAGGGCUUGAAUUGAAUAAAGUUAGGGAGAUCUGCAAAUGCAUUUUGAUAGCCCUGGAUUACUUGCAUAGGGAGGUUGGUAUAAUCCACACGGAUUUAAAGCCUGAAAAUAUUCUUCUCUUUUCCACUAUUGAUCCAGCCAAGGAUCCAGUUAGAUCUGGUCUUACUCCAAUUCUUGAAAGGCCUGAGGGGGGCACCCUAAAUGGUGGAUCUACCAUGAACAUCAUUGAGAAAAAAUUGAAACGGAGAGCCAGAAGAGCAGUUGCUAAUAUAGGUGUUAGAAGAGAUUCAAUGGGAGUAGAAGCUCCAAAACCUGCAAGAUGUCUUGAUGGGAUUGAUAUGAGGUGCAAGGUUGUGGACUUUGGAAACGCAUGUUGGGCUGACAAACGAUUUGCAGAAGAGAUUCAAACAAGGCAGUAUAGAGCUCCUGAGGUCAUACUUCUAUCUGGGUAUACCUUUUCCGUUGAUAUGUGGUCAUUUGCUUGCAUAGCCUUUGAGCUCGCUACUGGUGACAUGAUGUUUGCUCCUAAAACAGGACAAGGCUUCAGCGAAGAUGAGGAUCACCUUGCUCUCAUGAUGGAACUUCUUGGAAAGAUGCCUCGGAAGAUUGCCGUUGGAGGAGCUCGAUCAAAAGAUUUUUUUGACAGGCAUGGGGAUCUGAAGAGGAUUCGGAGACUGAAGUUCCUGCCACUGGAUCGAUUGUUGGUGACUAAAUAUAAAUUCUCUGAGACUGAUGCACGUGAGUUUUUGGAGUUUCUUUCUCCUCUUCUUGAUUUUUCCCCAGAGAAGCGACCAACUGCUCAGCAGUGUCUGCAACACCCAUGGCUGAACCUGAGGAGGUCAGAUGGUCAAUCUAACAUGGAUGCUGGAAUGAGCAAACUUAAGAUUUAAGGUGGGCAAGAGAAGAAGGGAUUAAAGAUUCCUCCCUCCACCUGUACGACUAUUGAUUGUGUUUGUUUUAAUUGUUUUAAUUUUUUGGGCUUGUGACAUUUUCAAUAAGAUUUUUUUUUUUUUCUUCUUCUUCUUCUUAUUUUUGAUUAAUGGUUAACCAAGUAUAAAGUAAUAACUAUUGUGAGGAAAUGACAAGGGAGUUUUAACUUCGAUAACUGAAUGUGUUGCUCACAUUGUUUUCAAGUUAAUUAUAUACCAGUUCCAUAUUAUGAUUGGAACACCAUUACCAUCCA